AUGUUUCCCAGAGCGCAAAAACUCGAUUCAUUGGAAACUCACAGUCUGAAGAUUGCCUGUUCCUCAAUGUGGUUGCGCCGUCAAACGCUUCCAGGCACGCCAAACUUCCCGUCUUCGUCUACAUUCAAGGCCCUUGAGUGGGUGCAGAAGUACACCUCAAGGUCUGGAGGCAACCCAAAACAUGUCGUCCUCGGGGACUAUCGCCGAAAUCAUAGCCGCCAAUAUCCUGGAGGCACACGGCUCCCAAUCUGCAUGUGGGGUCCUGUUAUCGAUGGAGACUUCGUACAAGAUGCCCUAAGGAACUCGUUCGUCCAAGGAAAGUUCGUCAAGGUCCCUUCUAUCAUCGGUGCCACAACCAACGAGGGUCGAGCAUUUGCACCAGCUGCAUCCUCGCAAACAGAAGUCGAGGACUUUUUUCAAGGCCGAGUUUCCGCUCCUUAAGUCACCUCAUAUGACUCAGAUCACGGCCUUAUAUCCAGGCUUAGCGGAUACAUGUUCGAAGGCUGGUUGUCUCAAUCUCCCGCUGGAUGCCAAAGAAAACCUGGAACUACUCGUAUAACGUCGAGGAUCCAGGUUUCAUGACUCAGGGAGAGGUGUAGCUCAUUAUGACGAGGCUCAUGCAAUAUGGGGGCCCGGGAAUGGAGGCUCUGGGGCACCCCGGAGCUACUUCCUAGGUGGGAUUAAUGGUAACGCAG